CGAGCAGAGAAAGCCUUGGAAUAUCUGCUGCGAGACGACUCGGGCUCCCACUACGGCCACUUCUGGCAUCUCCACCACAAGACCCUCGGACAGAGAGAAAGAGCAAUCCGACGAGGCGACAUCUGGCGAGGCACGCCCGCCAAACGUCUGCCGAGCAACUUCAUCGAGACCGUCGGCAUCGAAUGCGCGCUGUGGCCGCACCUAUACUGGUGCGUGGACAUGACGGAGACGUACGUCAGAUCUCAAGAUGCACGCAGGCUGCAACGACGUCGUCGAGAACAGCAAGAAGACGGCGAGGAAGACUUGGAUGCAGGCGAGCAGCAGUCGUCGAGACAAAGCGCCAAGGCAAGCUUCUUAGCGAAAGCCCAUUCCGCACUGAUCGGAUACAACUCUGAUCCGCUGCUGCUGCACUUCGUGUACGAUCUCUGGCUCUUCACCACCAUCGGGGGAGCCAAGAACAGCGCCGGCACCGGAGGCGUGCGCGAGGCCUUGGCCGCAAAGCCCUACUCGCCCGAGCUGUGGCGCACCUACCACACCGCAUUGGUGGACCUGCAGCGACAGAUCGGGUGGCCCAGCCUAUUCAUCACCAUCGCUCCCUACGAGUGGUCCUUCCCGUAUCACCAGUGGCUACAGGACGAGCUGACCAAAUCUCUUCGUGCCAGACUCGACGCGCCGGUGGCCGAGACUUUACAUCUGGCCCACGUCCUUUCCCAGGCAGUCAAAGGUCUUCUCACUGGCGCCAACGAAGGCAUGCAAGCCAAGCGAGAGCACGUCUUCACCUCCGGAGAAGGCCCAGGCAAAGUUCGUCACUGGGUGGCCAGGCUGGAAUUCCAAGACGGCAAGCGGAAGCGCCAUGUGUAUCGGAAUAAUCAGUUCUACCACGGGCGUGGAACGGUCCACGUGCACAUUCUUCUCUGGUUGUCCGACAUGCAUGCCAUGGACCUGUCCGCCAAGAUCCGUGCAGACAUACCUGGCGAGAGCGAGCCGGAGAUGCGCGAUCUAGUGAUAGGCUCACAGCUGGACUACACCUCCAGCGGCUGGCCCAUGCGCGAGGAGCCCACGGAGGUGACCGAGAAGGAGCAGCAGCUAAAACUGCACCACCCCCGCGAAGCCUUUGAAAAAUACUGUUAUCUGCCGAAGUUCAGCAGCUCCUUUGCGGCAGAACUGCUCAACAACGAAGCCAGCGACUUCUCUCUGGCCCGCCGAGUGCUGGCAGACUACCAUCCGCUGCAGCCGGAGAUGGUCCUGCAGCUAGCAAUGCAACAACACCCACAGUUCAUCUGCCCAGCAACCGUGCGCAAAUUCGUGGUGCCCGUACCCUGGCAAAAAGAGAUGCCGCAGCUCGUGCAGUACUACAUGACGAGUACUUGGAGACGAGACAACAUGAGCCUGCUGGACUUCUUGCGUAAGUCGGGCAACAACGGGCAGAUCUCGCAGAAAUACCGUCGCAUGCACAGCCAUCGCAAGAUCGGCAUGCCCCUCAACGACUGGAUCAACGUGCACCCGGCCGAAGGCAAGACGCUCGUGGCCAGUGUAAUGUAUGCACACACCAACGAUCGACACUAUGGACAGUGGCUGCUGCUAAAUGUGCCCUUCCGGAACAUCGACGAGCUCUGGCAUCCACAGGCAGACCGAUUGCCAGAGAAUCUGAAAUAUCUGGGCCUCUGUGUGCUGCACCGACGUCGCUUCUGGCGAGAUCCGCAAAGAAUUCGAGCCGAGCUGGAGAAAGAGGCUCGCCGCGAAAC